UCUUAUCUCUUUCUAAUUUUCUCCGAAAUUCCCUCCAUCGUGCAAUAGUUUGCAUGCUUUCACUUCCCAGUAUAAGGAGCAUUUGAAAAUCAACAUUCGGGUAUCUCUUGGCACUGCAGUUUUAUUCUUGGGAAUUUAGGCUGGGCAAGUAGAAGAUUUCAACUCUCAUAUCAAUCCAUGGCGAAUAGAAUGGAGUUCAAUCAAGUAGUUAUGGCCUGGCCUUGAUUAUCUCGCUCGAUUCCUCUGCAUUGGCAUCACCCAAUGGUUCUGUCUCUCCUCGAUGUACUACCAGAAGAAAUAUUUUGUUGCUUCUAUUGCUGAAGGCAAUGUUUGAUCAGCUGUACCUUUCGCCUUUACUCAUCUUCCUAUACCAGGCAUUGACCUUUAAUAGGUUUUCGGUUUCCGACCAAGGUUAAUCGCUUUGCACAUGUAAGUCAUUCAUUUCUUCUCUAUGUCUCAUGGUUUUAUCUUUCUGAUUAAUAACAAAACGACUUUUAUUUCACGUUGUCUCAUGAGCACAACAUGCAUAAUAUCUAUUUCUUUUGAUCUUAUUGCCUGAUACGAUGUUUAAAGCUCGGGGGAUCUCCUGCGUCAUUUCUCCUCUUUCUGUUAUUAGGUUUCAACUUCAAUGAGUUUCUAUCUUCAUAUAAGGUUCAUCGACUUGAACUGGUAGGCUAUUAUUUCCUUUCCGAUUUAUCUAAGUUGGUUGUUUAUGGAUGAUUUUUAUAAAAUAUAGAAAAUGAAUUUGAACGAUGGUUUGGGUACUAUAUUUGUUUGUAAGCAAAAGAGAUGUUUGUGUAGAACAGGGCAGUUGUACUUUCCUAGAGCCAUGUCUACUUUUUUGUUGUUUGUUUCUGAUACUUUAUUUUUGUUCUUUGCUUAGCUAUUGAAAUAAUAAAAUAAGAUCAAAAUUAAGAAAAAAGGUUUCUUUUCAAUUACAAUAUUUUCACUCAUAUUUGAUUUUGUGAUAACUAAUGUUCUCCGCAACCAUAAUUUUCCUCAUUAAUUUUUAUUCUUAUGGUCCAACUCACUAAUCAAAUUUUGAUAUUGUUUUAGAAUUAGUUAGAAAUUGAGCUUUCAUGCAACAUUCUAGGAGUUUGGGGUGUUGAACUUGGACUAGAAGAGUUAGGAUUGAGUUUGAGAAUGAGAGUGGUGGGGGGAAGAAAAAUUCAACUGUAGCAGGUUAAGGCAGAGAAGAGGGAGUUACUGAGGGUAGUGAUCGAAUUGAGGAGGGUGUUGAAAGGCGCGGAAGCAAAACUGGAGCAGUUGAAGAGAGAGAAAUGAGAGAUGAUGAGGAUAUUAAUGAAAAUGGAGAGGAUAUUGAAGGACAUGGAAGUGUGUUGAAGCAGGUGAAGGCAUGCAAGGGGGAGAUGAGCAUAUUUAUGGAAUUGGAGAUGAGUUUUGGUUUUAGCGAACUUAUUAGAACUUCCCCUGAGGAAGAUGAGUUGGCAAAACACAGGAAGGGGAUCGAGGAGUUGAAGAGCGAGUUGACAAGAACCCCAAUUGGAAGAGAAAUUGAGGGCCGCAGAGAGAAGGUCCAUCAAAGUAGCAGAAAUGGAGUUGCAGAAGGAGGAUUAGAAAGUGAAUGUUUGGUUGAAACAUAUGCUUCUUGAGAUUGAAGAUAGAGUAGAUAAAAAUUUGGUCUUUCAAUGGAGAGUGGUGGCUAUUGGAUCAUUAGGUUUAUGGUUUUUGCAACUACCACAACCUAUUUCUAUCUUAAAACGAGUAAUUAUUGAUUGAUUUAAUGAAGCAGGUCGAUUCUUUAUUCAGCCUGCUGGAACUGAUAGAUAAUGACUAUCUAAUUUUGCGUCAUAUUACUUUGAUCGAGUUUUGGAGGUAAUCCAAUUUUGUCGUUUGCUCUCAAGUUUUGAUGAUCCUCUCUUAGCUGAGUUGUUAAUAUAUAGUUGACUUGAAC